CGCUGUCUCAGGCGCCGGCAGAUGAUUGGCUAUCUGUCAGGCGGUGGGUGGGUCCCUGAGGCCGCGCUGGGGGCUGCGUGGGUUGCUUGGCGCCUUCCGCAGUGGCGCAGCGAGUGUCUGUCUGAGAAUUCCUGGUCCCUCCCACUAGAACACAGGAGCAACUGGGCAGAGCCUAAGAAGGAGCCCACUGCUCAGACCUGUGCCAAAGACCACCGCUAGCACCAAACUAAGAAGAGCUUCCAGGUCUGUGUUUUAUCGAUGGAUUUUAAAAUUGAAUACACUUGGGACGGCUUUCUAGUGAGGCAUGAGCCAGUUUGUGUCAGGCUGAAUCUGUGUGACCAGGGAGUGAAGAUGGAGGUUAGUGCUCCAUUAUUCAAUGAUCCUCCAGCCCCUCUCGGAGAACCAGGAAAGCCUUUCAGUGAACUGUGGAAUUAUGAAGUUGUGGAAGCAUUUUUUUUGAAUGAUACAACUGAGCAGUAUUUAGAAGUCGAACUUUGUCCACAUGGACAGCAUUUAGUUCUUUUACUCUCUGGAAGAAGAAAUGUUUGGAAAAAAGAGCUUGCAUUAUCAUUCAAAGUGUCCAAAGGAGAGACUAAUUGGGAAGGUGAAGCUUAUCUUCCUUGGACUUAUUUCCCACCAAAUGUGACACAAUUCAACUCAUUUGCAAUCCAUGGAUCAAAUGAUAGGAGAGUUUAUGAAGCGCUUUACCCUGUGCCACAGCAUGAGCUACAACAAGGACAAAAACCUGACUUCCAUCGUCUAGAAUAUUUCAAGCCUUUCAGUUUUAACACCCUGCUUGGAGAAGAAUGGAAACAGCCAGAAUCAGACCUGUGGCUAACAGAGAAACCCGACGAAUAGGAGCACAGCCAGCGUGUCAGCCAUGCCCCUCUGUGUCUCAAGGUAAUCUAAUAUGACACGUAAACACCUUUCUACAGCAAGCAUUGUAACAGACAUCACCAAAAUGGAGCGUCUCAGUGGCAAAUUGUAUACUGUGAACAAAGAAAUAGAAACUCUGUGAAACGUAAAAUAACUUUUACUUAAAUAUCCUCUCUACCUUUGAAAUCAGUGUAAAACAAUAAUCUAUUUUAAUUGAUGAGACCAUCUAUAUCUGCUAAGGCAUCAAGAUAGAAGAGUUAUCUAACUAGAUAUUUUUACUGUGUAAGAAGAAAUGAAAUAGUCUUGAAUUAAGGAAAUGGAAUUGAUAAUUUUACUUACAGAAUGUUGCUAAAAAAGAUGUCAGAAACUUUCAUGUGAUUUUGAAGUGUCAAACAAUCCUGGUUGAAGAUAGUUUCCAAUAUAAUAAAUGAGUACCCAUAUCUCACAUAAACGCAUCAUGCAGACAAAUACUGACCAGAAGGAGCCUAAGAGUGAAACCGUGCCACAGAUCCACGAGACACAGCUGCAGGGUGUUCCACCUACAGCUGCAGAAUGAACUCUAUUUUCAGAGGUGUAUUGAACAUGUUCCAGAAUAAGACCAGGAACACACUUGUUGUAAUUCAGAUAGCUGUAGCUACUUGGGUUUAUUUAUACUAGAAGACUUUUAGAUCUAAAAAACAAAUUCAGCCAAGUGGCACACAACACAGUCAGAAUACAUACAAAAAUAAUAGGUUUUCCACACCUCACUAACCAACCUGCUGAGAAAUCAGGAAAGCAUUCCCACUCUCAGCAAAAAGAAUAUUUAGGAACAAGCCUGUGUGUUAAUUACUUUUCUCAUUGUAGUUAAAAGAUAAUUGACAAAAUCAAGUCUGUGAAGGAAGGUUUUAUAUUGGCUCCCAGUGCUGGAUACACUCCUUCAUAAUGGAGAAAACAUGGCCACAGGAAUGUGAGGUGGCUGGUCACAUGUGUCUACAGUUAAAACUCAGAGAGAUGAAUGGUGUGCUCAGCUCACUUUCUCAUUUUCAUUCAGCCUUGGACCCUAUCCCAUGGAAUGAUGUAGACCUCAUUCUGGGUUUGUUUUCCAUUCUCAAACCUUUUUAAAAUCACUCACACAGACAUAUUGAUGAGUGCAGCUCCUAGGUUAUUCUAACUCCACUUAAGCCGACAGGGAGAUUAGUCAUCAUAUCUUGCUAAGGUAGUGAAAGGCUUCUACAAUGACAGUAACAGGACUUUGGAGAGAGAAAUUGAGGAAGACACUAGAAGAUGAAAAGACAUUCCAUGUUCUUGGAUCAACAGAUUUAGUACUGGGGAAAUGGCCAUAUGAAAACGAGAUAUCUAGAAGGUUUUAUGAUCACUUUCAAAAUUUAAAUGAUAUUUUUCAUGUAACUAGAACAGUAUCCUAAAAUGUGCUUGCAAACACAAAAGACCUACAAUAGGCAAAGAUGUCCUGAGUACCAAGAACGUUAUUGGAAGUUCCCAAAAUUCGAUUUCAAGUUAUACUUCAGCAUUGUAGUAAUAAAUGGGACCAGCAUAAAAACAAGCAGUAGACCCAUGAACUAGAGAAGAGGAUCCAUAAAUUAUCCUACACAGCCAUAGAUAUGUAAAUUUUGACUAAGGAAUAAAAAACACUCAUGAGAAAAAAGUUCCCUCAACCAUUGAUGCUGGGAAAAUAGUAUAUUGAUAUGGAACAUUAGCGCUAAAGCCCCAUAUCCCACCCUGUACUUAAAUCAGCCCCAGGACCUUAAUGUAAGAUCUGAAACAUUGAAGCCAAAAGAAGAAAACAUAAGGAAAAUACUUCUAGUUGUAAAUAUAGAAAGUGACUUCAGGAAUAUAACUCCAUUUCCUCUGGAGAUAAAGGAAUCAUCAAAAUGGAUUUCAUUGAAUUAAAAAGCUGCACAGGAAAGGAGAUAAUUGAUGAACUGAAGAGACAGACUAUAUAUAGCAGGGGAGAACUAGAGGCUUAACAUUCAACAUAUCUGAAGGACUUAGAAAAACAACACAGCAAGGCAGGGCAAAGUGCAAUCAAUAAGUGGGCAGAUCAUCUACACAGUUCUCAAAAGAACUUGUACAGGUAGCUAAUGAUUAUAAAAAACUUAGUGUCUCAAAGGAAAAUGCAAGUUAAAACUGCAUUGAGAUUUCAUUUCAUCCCAGUAAAAAUGACUAUCCUGAAGAAAACAACAAAUACUGGUGAGGGUAAAGAGUAAGAGCUCAAAUCCACUAUUCUUGGAGACUUGUAUUAGUAUCAUCAACUGUGUAGCUAUACUGAAAAUAGAGCUAAAUAUGAUCCAGCUCUACCACUUUGAGUGCAACCCCCAAGGGAAUCUGAAUCAGCAUAGCUGUGUUCAUCACACUACCCAAGCUAUGGUGUCAGUCUAGGUGUCUGUCUACUGAUAAAUGGAUAAGGAAAACACAUGCACAUGCAUACGAGACAGACACAGAGAAAUGGCAUACCAUUCAGCCACAAAAAGAACGAAAUUAUGUCAUUAUCAGGAAGAUGGAUGGGACUAGAUACUGUAUUAAGUAAAAUAAGUCAGUCUCUGAAACAUAAAUAUCUCAUGUUUUUCCUCCUGUAUGAAAGUUAAAGAAAACAAAAUACCUGAAUAUAUAAGAGGGAACUAUUAGAGAAGUGGAAGAGGAUUUGAGGAGAGAGGAGAGAUGGGUGAAAAGAUGGAGUGGGGAAUAAAAAAAUGUCCAUAGUUGUAUACAUGGAUGAAUCUGCCAAUGUAAAAUCCACUGUUCUGUGUAAUUAAAACUACAUUGAGUUUUCAUUUAUCCCAGUAAAAAUAGCUGUCUUCAAGAGAGCAACAAAUGCUGGUGAGGGUAAGGAGGAGAAAGAGCUCUAGAUACUAUUUAUAUUAAUAUUAUCAACUGUGGAAAUCAAUAUGGAGAUACACAAAUCAAAUUAAAAGUUUCUGGUCUAGAAGUCUCAAAUUUUGUGCUGUUUCAAAUCUUGCCUCCUAGUAGAUCUGUGAGCUUCUGCAUCAUCCUUAGUCCUUCUCAACAUCUUUAGCUCAGAGGCGAGCAGGCUUACAGAAGGUAGUUUACCUCUUAAACAGACACUUUCUUGCCUACUUAACAGUAUAGUUUUCCAUCUCUUCUGCUUUUUAGAAAAGAUGAGUGUGUGUGUGUGUGUGUGUGUGUGUGUGUGUGUGUGUGUGUUGUUAUUCUUUACAUGUAUGCAGAAUUCCAGGAGGCCAGAAGAGGCCUUUGUGUAACUCUCCAGAGCGGGAUGUGUGGGUAAGCUGCCUGAUGAUAAUGGGUUUUGAGAAUUGGGCUUGGGUUGUCUUCAAGAAUAGUAAGUGCUCUUAACUACUUUCCAUCUCUCUAGCCUAUCCCCUCUUCUUUAAUAACAUAAGUUGAAUUUUUAGAGGCUCUUCUUAGGAAUAAUAUUUAUACCCCCAAAAAUAAAAAAACAGAAUAAAGUAAACAAAUGUUUCUCCAGCUUCUUUUGCAGAUAAAAAUGACCAUGCAAUGGUUUGUGUCAAUGAAAUUUAAAUAGUUGUGUGCUGCAUAGCAUUUUGAUCAGUAGCAGACUGCUGGUGCUGCUUCCAUAAAGUUCUAAUUGAGCUGAAAUGCGAUCUUUUCUAGUGAUAGCAUAGCUAUUAUACUAUUUUGGCACAAUGUGCUUAAGUUUGUGGUGAUGUUUGUAUAAAAAAACCUACUGUACUACCAGUUGUAUCAAAGUAUAAUAGAGUUGUAUAUAGUAUAAAAUGCUCGACAAUGAUGAUAAAUGACUAUGUGACUUGUUUAUGCAUUGAAUACAUUGUAUUUUUAUCUUCAUUUUAAAGCAUAUUCCUUAUUAAAUUUUUAUGGUAAAA